GGCGAAAGAGAAUUCUAAUCAACGUGAAAUUUGUCGUGCAUGUGAUAGAAAGAAUAAACGUGCAAAAAGAGCUGUUGAAACUGCAGAACAGCGUGAAUUACGAUUGAGAAAAAACCGUAAACGAUAUCAUAGAAAAAAAGAAACCUAUGUCUUAAGGAAUGUUGAUGAGCGACUCAAUAGACAAAACGAUGAAACUCUGUUUCAAGAUACUGAUGAUAGACAACAGGAUGAAACUUGGAUCCAAGAUCCUGAUGAAUGCUAUCUUUCUGAAUCAGACUGA